AUGGCCCAACAGGGAGCAACGCACGCCGUCAUUGGCAGGACGUUUGGAUGCGCCAACAAGGUUAUGUCAGACAGGUCCGACAACAGACAGGCCGAGAAGCGGAAGACCACGGCGACCAUUCAAGACAUCUGCAUUCGGACAAUUCACCUCUCAAACCGCUUCGUCACGGCGACAUUAACGGCAGCAGAAGCAUGUUGGUUUCUUGGGUACUCGCAAGCUGUCUCUGAUACAGGGAACCUCAGCGGUUUCCUCUGUGAGAUGGACAUGUUACCGACGGCUAUCAUUAUUGGACCAAAAACAGAACAUCUCCUUGCUGCAGACUAUGAUGUGGAAGAACGCUUCAAGAAAACUGCAGCCGGUUUCACAAGUACCUACAGAGGACCUUUCUUCUCGUAUUUUUCCCAACACCAAGACUGGUUUGAAUGGGAGGCUACUGAAGGCAGCCGUAUUACAGUGGCUUUCAUGCAAGCUAAAUACUACACUUACGUUGAGCCCGAGGAUCAGUCAUGGGGAAAGUAUGACAAUGGAACAUGGGAUGGAAUCAUGGGACUGUUGGUAAACAAGACAGUGGACAUAUCGGCAGUGCCGUAUGCAGUUUCCCUUCUCCGAUCAAACUACGUGACAUUUCUGUAUCCAAUCAGAUACACCUACAAAGACAUCCUGUACAAAAAACCAGACUCCCGCGUCGACUGGGCCGUACUGCUCUCAUGUUUCAAAUGGCAAGUCAAUGUAUGUGUACUGGUGACAAUUGUUGGAGUGACCACUUCCUUCCUCGUGUGCAAGAGAUGUUCUGCCCAUCAACACGGGCGCAGCAAACAGGUUGACCAUCAGAUGCUAGAGACAAUAAUGUCGACUAUCGGAGUUACGUGCAAGCAAGGAUCGUCUACACUGCCAAACACAGAGUCUAAUCGGAUCCUGCUCGCAUUUUGGUGGCUGUGUUGUAUUCCCAUCACGGCAGUGUAUUCUGGGAACCUGGUUGCCUUCCUAACUGUCACCAAGGACAAUGUCCCAUUCACGGGUCUAAAUGAUCUGCUCGACAGUGGCUAUGAUAUUGGAAUUGAAACCGGAUCAUACGUCGCUGAGAUCUUCAGUGGGUCGAAUGCCUCCGUCAACAAACAAAUCUGGAAAAAGAACAGGGAGCACCAACCUGGCAACCUCACUAAUGAAGAGGACAUUGUUUACCACAGGAUCAGACUAGCUGAAGGACGGUAUGCUUUGAUAACGGACAGUGACAUUAUCAACAGCUACAUGGCUGAAAAAUGUGACAUGGCUCACACAAUGGAACAAAGGUUUCCUGCCACGUCCUCACUAAUUGUGCCAAAACAUUCUCCUCUUGCUUUGCUGAUGGACCCAGAGCUGAUGUUCCUUGUGGAGCGUGGGAUUAUUGAUAAGUGGUAUGAACAGCCCAACCUAGACGAGAAGGUGUGUUCAUCAAAGGAGGAAGAAGCUAAUGGCCUGAAACUGACGAAUUUGUUCACAGUUUUAUUUGUUGCUGGAUGUGGUGUGGGGCUAGCUGCUGUUGUUUUGGUGUUUGAGAUAUGUAAAUAUAAAAAGGGAUCUCACAGGAAACGGGCUCAGGAGGGAAAAGGUCUAUGA